CGGGGGGCGGGGCAGGCGCGCUCCCGCCUGUCGCGACAGUCGGGGCCGAGGUCCAGGGGGUGGUGGCCUGUCGCGGGUCGCCCGGCUCCCGGAGGCGAGGGGGGCGCGGGCGGAUGGCGGAAGGCGCCCAGCAGCAGCAGCAGCAGCCCCAGCUCGGGCCCGGUGCCGCUGCCCGGGGCAUGAAGCGGGAAUCGGAGCUGGAGCUGCCGGUGCCCGGAGCGGGAGGAGACGGAGCCGAGCCCGGCCUGAGCAAGCGGCCGCGCACCGAGGAGGCGGCAGCCGACGGCGGUGGCGGGAUGCAGAACGAGCCUCUGACCCCAGGUUAUCAUGGAUUCCCAGCACGGGACAGCCAGGGUAACCAGGAGCCAACAACAACACCUGACACAAUGGUUCAGCCUUUUACUACCAUCCCAUUCCCACCACCUCCACAGAAUGGAAUUCCCACAGAAUAUGGAGUGCCACACACUCAGGACUACGCCGGCCAGACCAGUGAGCAUAACCUGACACUCUACGCAGGCACGCAAGCCCAUGGAGAACAGAGUAGCAACUCACCCAGCACACAAAAUGGAUCUCUCACGCAGACAGAAGGUGGAGCACAGACAGAUGGCCAGCAGUCACAGACACAAAGUAGUGAAAAUUCAGAGAGUAAAUCCACCCCUAAACGACUACAUGUCUCUAAUAUUCCUUUCCGCUUCCGGGACCCUGACCUCCGACAAAUGUUUGGGCAGUUUGGCAAAAUCCUAGAUGUAGAAAUAAUCUUUAAUGAGCGUGGUUCUAAGGGAUUCGGGUUCGUAACUUUCGAGAAUAGUGCUGAUGCAGACAGGGCCAGGGAGAAAUUACACGGCACCGUGGUAGAGGGCCGUAAAAUCGAGGUGAAUAAUGCUACAGCACGUGUAAUGACCAAUAAGAAGAUGGUCACACCAUAUGCAAAUGGUUGGAAAUUAAGCCCAGUAGUUGGAGCUGUGUAUGGCCCUGAGUUAUAUGCAGCAUCCAGCUUUCAAGCAGAUGUGUCCCUAGGCAACGAUGCGGCUGUGCCCCUAUCAGGAAGAGGGGGUAUCAACACUUACAUUCCUUUAAUCAUUCCUGGCUUCCCUUACCCAACUGCAGCCACCACAGCGGCCGCUUUCAGAGGAGCCCAUCUGAGAGGCAGAGGGCGGACAGUAUAUGGUGCAGUCCGAGCGGUACCUCCAACAGCCAUCCCCGCCUAUCCAGGUGUGGUUUACCAGGACGGAUUUUACGGUGCUGACCUCUAUGUAAGUACACACACCGGGGCCUUCUCAACCCCAUCCCCUGACAAGCCAGCCUUUUUUUUCUGUUUCUUUGGUUUGGUUUGGUUUCUUUUUUUAAAUAUAAUUUAUUUAAUUUUUAUUUCAUUUUACCCUCUCUUAGAACCUCCAGCUCAAAGCUGUAAUGGCAGAGAAUAUGCAUAUAGUGAAGCCCCAGUAUCUCUGCUUAGGCUUCAGAGGCUGGGCCUGAAGCCACCACCCUCAGGUGAAUACUUCCGAGCCUCAGAAGAAUACUUCCGAGCCUCAGAACUCCCUGAUGGAGAGUCUAUGCCUGUGCCCCACAAGAAUUCCAAAAGAGACAAACCACAUAAUGCUGAUGACCCUCGUUUGCAAGGAAGCAUUACUGAUGAUAGCCCUGCUGUGUACUUUGCCCCAUUGGCUCACACUUACUCAGGAGUUAUGGCAGGGUGUACACAGCAGACCCUUACCAUGCCCUUGCCCCUGCCGCUAGCUAUGGAGUUGGCGCUGUGGCGAGUUUAUACCGAGGUGGCUACAGCCGAUUUGCCCCCUACUGAAGUGACGUGAGACCCCUGCAAAUGGGACAGCCCCCAGUUCAUGAGGCCUGGCUAUUGCAAUAUUUACUAGUAGAGGAACUCUAUAGCAAGAUGAAGAGGAAAAACAAACAAACAAAAAAACACAAAAAAAAGAGAGAAUACUUUUUUAUACCUCACUAUGUUCUUUGAAUAUGUAUUUUUUCCUUUAAAUUUCUGCCUUUAAUUCUUUUGUUCCAAAGAUUGUGCAUUUUUUUUCUUUCUUUUUUUUUUUUAACUGUGGUAAAAAAAAAAAAUAAUAAUGCAUUUCCAUGUCUGUAUGUCCGUGCUUAGCUUAUUCUUGUCAGUCACGGAAGAGGUAGUUCAUGAGGAAGAAGAGACAUUAGGGGCUGAUAAAUGCAUCUGAUCAGAAAUCAGCAGACAGAAUCACCAAGGUGUAUCUGGUGCUGAGUGGCUGGGGUACAAACAGAAUUGGAAGAGGUUUUACUGCAACAGCAUGUUCUUCUGGUCUUUAGCAGGCAGCUCUGAUUGGCUGUGACUGGAAUCCACAUGCCACUAGAGAGGAAUUUGUGCUUAUAAAGCAGGAGAAGUAAAAAGACACUUUCCUCUCCUCUCUUCCCUCCUGUCUUCUCCAUCCUUUUCACAAUCAUCUUACACACACAGACAUCCUGAGACGGUGUAGUUUUGGUAAUGAUAGUACUGAUAUUUCCAAAUGUGCUCUGUGGCUAUGGAUAAUAACACCUCAUUAGGAAACCAGUCUCAGAAUGGACUCUGGAAUAUGAAAAUAUUAUUUUCUUUCCUGUAAUCCUAAUGUUAACAGCUGGCUUUCUUUCCCUUUAAUUGAACCACCACAUAACUCAUAUAUCCUAUUAGUAGUACAUUGCUCCCAUGUCCUCAGGAUUCAGGAAUUUAGGACCCAGAAACAGAAGAAUGAAUAGCCAUGGCCAGAUUUCCUCCAGGUAUCUGGGCACAGCUUGAGGAUUAAAAAUAUAAGUUGCUGAGAGCCACUAAGGAAGGUGGUAAAGAGAAAAAAAAUAUUAGGUCUGAUAUUUCUUAUCUUUCUUGCAUCAGAAAAUCAGUAAAAAGCAUAAAAUUUAUUUAAUAAAACAUCUUUUGGAGAAAGAUAAGGCGCCAAACCCCUAGGCCAGCUGCCCCUGGAAGUUUCAGUGAUUAGGACAUGUAAAAUCAGGUGGAGGCACUUUGUACUCACUCCAAAGCCAUAGGAAUUUUCACCUUCUAGAGCCUCCAUGAGUCAGUUCUCUCUCUACAGUCUCAAGCCCUCAUGGCUAUUCCACCCAGCUUUGAAUUACCUCCAAAGACACUAGCUGAGCACCAGGACUACUUGAUGCACAUUAACACUAUAGGACAGAAAAUCUGGAGCCCAUCUUGGAACAAGGGAUUCUCCUGCAUGGGCCCCAGCAGUGAGUCACUGUGGUUGCUGUCUGACUUCAGCUUUAUGUUACCAAGGUAGGGGAGAAAGCUUGGACAUAACUGAGAAAGACAAGCGUCCAACAGAGUGUCCAAAAUGAAGGCAUUAGGAAAUAGAAGGCACAGUCUGCUGGCUCCCUGGUCUAUUCACAUUGGUACUAGGGUGACCUAUCACCCAAGGGAUAGCUGCUACAGGGAGUAGUUCAGAGACAUGGAAUUUCUACUUUGUUAUAGGUUAAUUUGUGUUUGAGUUUUUACUCCUGCCUCCACACAUGUUCUUGACUGAUAACUGAUUCAUGUCCCUGAAUUAAAAUGGCUGAAGUGAUAGCAUCAGGCUUUAUUUGUAAGCAGAGUGAUAUGUCUGGGAGGGCACAUCCUGCCGUGUGUAAGACAUCUUCGUCCCCUCAGAUCCCCUCUCUCCUGAUAGCUGGAGAGUGUGACAUAGACACUUGAGGCCUCCAUGCAGCCAUGGAUUCUGCCGGAGCAUGCAGAGUGGGGACAAGACUGCCCGAUCCACUGGCUGUUCCUAGAGCCCUUUCCCCAAGCCAAAGUUUGGUUUGUUGCUGUUAAGACAAUUUUCAUUGUAUGUAUAUAAAUAAUUCUAGUUAGGAAAGGGGAUGCUGGGAGUUUUCAGAGCUCUAGGGAAUGGGGCAGGGAAAAUUUUUCUUGUUUUUUUUUUUUUGCUUUUGUUUUGAUGGACAACUUCUACUGACUUAAGAAACAGAAAUUCUGGGUCAUGUUCAGGAAGGGCCAUUCUCACAAAAUGGCAAAUCACUAAACCCAGUGGAGACUAGGCCAAGUCCUCAAUGGUUUUGUCCAUAGCGGGGGAGGGGAGAACAGGAGAAUGAGUUGAAGAAUCAAUGUUUCCCUUCUUUUUUCCUUGACAGAAAAAGGAUGGCCAACAGGGUAGAGAAGGCAGCUCCCUCUGGCAGCCCUCAGAAAGAGGCAGACACCAGGCUUGAGUGGCCUUUUUGCACUUCGGUUCCAUUGGUUCUGGCUGAGGCCCCAAGGCACACUCUUUACUGAGACAGAGUAGAUGAAGUUCUGCUUUCUAUGCAAGGGCCUCUGGUUUGCAGGGUCAGCACAGAGAACGGGAUGCUCUCAGGCUUCCAGAUCUCACGAUAUCAGCCUCCCAGUAGAGCUGUGGGAACUUUGACUUUCCCUCCAGUCAGCAUCACCAGAGGCAGGUUCCUCGAGACAAAGCUGCAGUGCCCGUAAGUCCUGACUCUAGUUCUCACUAGAUCCAGACUUGAAGCUGGGGGGUUGGCAUUUUGUGACCUCGUUAGAGGAUGCUGGUUGAUAAUUCCCAAAAACUUAACAAUGCUGAAUCAGUUCAAGGAUAGUCUUUUCAGCUUUGCUGUCAUUCAUGACCUGGACUUUCUAUACCAAGCAUCUUACUAAGUUAGGAGCCUAGCUUCUAUUGUAAACCUUUAUCUGAAUAUCCUUUCAAGCCAGAGAGCUGCCCUUAGGUCUUUUCUAGAAUUGUAGUGUUCCUUAAUUCAGCUCCAUUAACUAAGAUCCACCAUUGAGAUUCACCAUUUUUAAGGCUCCUUAGGUUUAACAAAACCUACUGUCACCAUCUCCUCCAGCAGUCUCAGUCUGAAUUGAGCCAAUAUUUUUUCUUUCCUUGAAAAAAGAAGCAGACUGGGACUCAGCUCUUAGAUUAAGGGACGCUAGUGGCUAUCUAGUCAAUAGAAAUCAGUGAUAGCAGUUUUUCCUCAAAUGUGGAUUCCUCAGGGGCUGAACUACUCAGUUUAGGAAGUUUAGGGUAUGCUUUCCUACGGAUAGAGCAGACAGGUCAGUUAUAUCCACCAUCCUGUAACUUGUCAUGUAGCUUCCAGGGACUAUAAAUUAGGAUGGAAGCAACCCCAAGGACAUACAAGAAGGGCAUGAUACACCCCCUUCCCCUUGGCAGGAGAACAAGGCCAGCCACGGGGCAGUCUGGAUAGCACUUGGAUGGUUAAGGAGGGAGAGGGGAAACUGUGGCAAACCUUUCUCUCUUGCCCAGUUCAGAUGUUCUCUGCUGCUUAGAACUCUAGCACAAUAACGUUUGCAGAAUUGCAGAUUUUUCCCCCAGAUGUUAGGAGGAAAGGGACUUUGGGGGGUGGGGAAGGGGUUGUGGUGUUUUAAAAGCAUAAGUUACCUGUUUGCACUGUUUUAAGAUAGGAAAAAAUUAGUGAGCAAGAUGAACAUCAGAUGUAAACGUGUGUGUUUUAUUUUGUCAUGCUCUUGAGAAUGUCUGACCAUUUGUAGCAUACACCAGUGACACUUGAUUCUCUGUUGCAUAAAACACUAUAUUGUUUUGGAAAUGUUACUGUCCAAAAGCCUCUUUUCCUGUCCCUUUCCUUUUCCUGCGUACUUCCUUUAUCCUUGCUUUACUGAUCAGCCAGGCAAUAGCCAUCCACCAACUAUAGCAAGAAACAGGGCCCUUUCCAAGAAGUCUCUGGGUGUCCUAAGCCAGCAUGUGCCCCCCGGGUUACUGCACAUAGGAGAGUCCCUGGCACUUUUCUUUGAAAAUAAGUCUCACAGGUUGUCAAAUCCCUCUGUGAGAGGCACUAAGAAGAGGAGCCAGGGUGGGAGGGCCCUGAGUAUUGCAGGUGGCUGUGGUAGGCGAGUUCUAUGCACGUUACCGAAACUGUAGCCAGUUACAGUUUACUCAGGAAAACGGUAGAUCAAUUCAGCCAUGGUAGUGCUGGUUGGCAGGGAUUGGUAACUAAGAACCGCUCAUCAGCCAGAACUCAAGGUUGCCUUUUUGGAGACUGCUAGCAUGGGGGCCACGGUCCUCUGCGGUAGUUCUGUGAAUACCGGUGACAUGAGGGCUCCACUCAUCCUGGCAAUCAAAAAAGGGAACCAAGUCUCUUUUCACUCCCCUCCCCUGUUCCCAACAUUCCCAGGGGGCAUCUGAGUUUUUGAAUUUUUCAAAAAAUGUUUUAUGGUUUGCUAUUCUAGGGACUGAUAAGUGCUUUAAGCCAUGUCUCCACCCCAUGAAGACUCCCAGCUUCAUCGUGUUCUAAUUGUUUUUGUUUUUUUUAAAUUGUUCACAGUAUUUUUGUGUGCGAGUGCUUACGUGGCAGCUCAUUUUGGCUGUAUUAUAUAUCGAGUGAUGAAUUGAUCCUAUUUUUUUCCCUUAAGGGACAUUUUUUUUUUUCUUGUGUUAUCAGUCUGCUUGUGAAUAGCUGGAGCCAACCUGGGGCUGACACUAGGGCUGCAAAGUGAGAAGAGAGCCAGCAGAGUUUACUUGUCCCUCACAGGCCAACCUACCUGAGGCUCCAAGCUUUUCAGUACAGAUCUUUGCAAGGCUCAAAGCGCUGCAGAACUUCUCCUCUCCUCCCCACCCCUGUGGCAGGGACUGGCUGGCCCCAUGUGCACCAGUUUGUCCAGCCCCUCCCCUUGCCAUGGUAGAACAGGUACCUUGGGGCUUGAGCAUCCAUGGGAUGCUUGUACAAUUGACCACCUAGCCUUGUCUCCUUCCCUCCCAUCCUCACCCAGAAUCACUCCCUAGGACACCCGAGCUGCUUGCCCAGGGUCCUGUUUCCCUGCUAACUCCAGAGAAGCGUCCCAGGGCUUUGACAGUCUCUAAUUCCCUUCCCUUCUCGUGAAGAAUCAUAUUGUAUAGUAGCUUUCAGACCAUACAGUAUUCAUUGGGUUACUCUAUCAUUAUCACGUAGCUGGAAUUGUGAAGGUUGGAGUAGUUAGAUCUUUAGCUUUUCUCCCUUAUUUUUUUGUAUUACUCUCCAUGUGUAUAAAUUAUUGAUCAUGUUGCUGGCUUUUAUAAACUCUAAGCAAAGAAGGAGCACUGUCUCUGCCUUUGCAAAUGGUAAUGAAGCACUGUUUUUAAAUAAAAGAGAGAAACACCAUC